AUGUCUCAACAUCCAUCGUCAUCUGGAUCCAAAUCCUCAAAACAUGCAAAGACUUCAUCCAUGGAGUUUGUAGAUGAAGACGUUAUGGACGUCACUCCUUUAUGCAUGAUACCAGGCAACACCACAGGUACCUCCUCCGAUGCUGGAGAUAAGCAAGGUAAUACCUCUGGUAACUCCUCCCUUCCUAAAGACAUGUAUUACACUGAUCGCGCUAUAAGGAGACUGGUUACUAGAAUACUGAGUGAAGGACACAAAGUUGAAGGGGUCUCUACCCCUCUGUCCAGAAGGGAACCCUCUCCUGAGAGAGAACCCCAUGCUGAUAAAGAUGAUGAUUCAUCUAGAUCAGAAAAAGAGGUGGCUGCUGAAGGGCUUUGCUCUCUAGGUAAAACCCUACCUAGCAAGAAACAAAGUGUGCCUCAAAAAAAGAUUAUUGAUCUGGAGGAAGAAAGCACUGAAGGAGAAGAUGAUUUGUUGGUUCAUCUGGUUAAACCUAGCAUAGCUGAGAAACUGAGAACUAAGAAAGGGAAAAGUAUGGCUAAAAUAAGAGCUGCUAGAGUGAAAAAGACUGCAGGAGUAAGACCCUCAAAACCCUGGAGCAAGGUUGAGGUUGGAAAAAGAAAAGAAAGACACAGCUCUGAUUCUGAGGAGGAUGUUAAAGACGAUGUCCCUGACAUCUCCCCUGCAAAAAGACAGGUUGUUCAGAAAUCUCCUGGCAAGGCUGUUGCUGUCCAUCUAGACAAUAUCUCCUUUCAUUUGGAAGAUGGAGCAGCAAAGUGGAAAUAUGUCAUUCAGAAAAGAGUAGCCAUUGAAAGAGAACUUGGACAAGAAGCUGUAAAGGUAAAGGAGGUAAUUGAGCUGAUCAAAAAUGCUGGACUCAUGAAGACUAUGGUAUCCCUACCCCAAUGCUAUGAGGGGUUGGUGAAAGAGUUUAUUGUCAAUAUCCCUGAGGAUAUUCAUGAUAAGAAAAAUAGGGAGUUUUGCAAGGUAUUUGUAAGAGGCAAAUGUGUAAAAUUCUCCCCAAGUGUCAUCAACAAGUUCCUAGAAAGAGGAAUGGAUGGAGGAGUAGACCUAGAAACCACAGACAAUGAGGUCUGUAGAGCUAUCACAGAUGGCCAAGUUAAGGAAUGGCCUAGUAGAAAUCACCUAUCAGUUGGAAAGCUCGGUGUUAAAUAUGCCAUCAUGCACAAGAUUGGCUCAGCUAAUUGGAUUCCUACUAAUCAUGCCUCUACUAUCUCCAUCAAUCUUGGAAGAAUCAUUCAUACUUGGAGGGGUGCUGGAAGGUGUGGUGGAAGCUGGGCUGCUGUUUGGAAGGCUGUUGUCUUGUUUGUUUUUCUUUUUGCUGUGUAUAAUGAUGACUAA